AUCAUGUUCGUUAGUAGAGUAAACGCUAUAAGAGCCAGCAGAAAAGUAGAUAUAAACGUACUAGUACCAAUAAAGCGCUGUAUAGAUUACGCAGUCAAAGUUAGAGUCAGCCCAGACGGUAAAGGCGUCGAUAACACUGUAAAACACUCUAUGAACCCAUUCGAUGAAAUCGCUGUAGAAGAAGCUAUCAGAUUGAGGGAGAAGAACAAGUCGUUAGUUGACUCAAUCACUGCUAUCACUAUCGGUCCACAGAAAGCACAGGAUACACUCCGUACUGCACUAGCCAUGGGUGCUGACAAGGCUAUUCAUGUACAAGCAGAGCACAAUGUCGAACCCCUCCAGGUUGCAAAGACACUCAAGCAUUUCAUCGAUAGAGAUAAGUUUGAGUUAGUUUUAAUGGGUAAGCAGGCCAUCGAUGGUGAUGAAAACGCUACCGGUCAGAUGCUCGCUGGUUUGUUGGAUUGCGGACAGGCUACUUUCGCUUCUUCUCUUAAGGUAGCAGACGGAAAGGCUACCGUGACGAGAGAAAUAGACGGUGGUUUAGAAACAGUAGAGGGUAACCUUCCUAUGAUUGUCACCACUGAUCUCAGAUUGAACGAGCCACGCUACGCUUCACUUCCAAACAUUAUGAAGGCCAAGAAGAAGCCAAUUGAGAAUGUCAAAGAAAGCGAUCUCCCAGUAGACCUCAAGAACAGACUUGAGACUAUCAAAGUAACAGAACCUGCUCAACGUACAGGCGGACAAAAGGUCGAUUCCGUCGAUGAACUUGUCGAGAAGUUAAAGCAGAAUGCUCUGAUUUAAACUGAUUGUAACAUUAAUUAGCUAGAUUUAUAUUUUUUACUCAAAUAA